AUGAGGUGCAUUGCUCACAUUCUUAACUUGGUGGUACAGGAUUGGUUGAAAGAAUGUGACAGUUCUGUUAAGAAAGUCAGGGAUGCUGUUAGGUAUGUGAGGAGUUCACCUGCUAGGUUGCAGAAGUUUAAAUCACUAGCUGAUCUAAUUGGGGUGGAAGCUAAGAAUUCUCUGUGUCUAGAUAUCCCUACAAGGUGGAAUUCCACAUAUAUGAUGCUUAAUACUGCAUUACUGUUUCAGAAGGUAUUUGAAGCCUAUGAUGAUCAUGACAGUUCAUUUAAAUCUGAUUUGGGUGGAAGUGUACCUGAUUUCUUAGAUUGGGAAUCCUUUCAAUCUUUGGUUAUGAUUCUGAAAUCUUUUUAUGAAAUGACUGUUAGGAUUUCUGGAUCAUUGUAUCUGACUUCUAAUACCUUCUUCUCUGAGAUUUCUGAUUUGUCUUGCUUGUUGAAAAAUAUGGAGGAAGCUACAGAAGAUAGUGUUAAACUGAUGGGUAAAAAUAUGAGGGCAAAAUUUGAUAAGUAUUGGGGUGAGCCUGAAAAAAUGAAUUUUUUGAUAUUCUAUGCAAAUAUCUUAGACCCCAGGGACAAAAUUGAGUAUAUGCCUAUUCAGUUUAACCAGUUAUAUGGUGAGGAGAAGGGUAAAACAAUGUUUGAUAAGGUGAUUGUUGGCCUUAAGGAGUUGUUUGAAGAUUAUGUUGCAUGCUUCCCUGUCCAGUCUGUUGAACAAUCUGAAAAAUUUUCUCCCUCAAUAACAAUAUCUGAUUCUGUUUCUGUUGGGAGACCUCAAUCAUUACUGAAAUCUCAGAUUAAGAAGCAAAAAUUGGUGAGUGGGGAUUUAUCUAGGAAAAAAACUGAGUUGGAAGUGUAUCUCUUUGAGGUUAUUGUGGAUGAUGAUGAUUCAUUUGACCUUCUAAGAUGGUGGAAGCAACAAUCUGAAAGGUUCCCUGUCUUAUCUAAAAUGGCAAGGGAUAUUCUAGAUGUCCCAAUAUCAACUGUUGCUUCAGAAUCAGCAUUCAGUACAAGUGGAAGGGUACUUGAUGCCUUUAGGAGUUCCCUAACUCCUAGAAUUGUUGAGGCAUUGGUGUGUGCACAGGAUUGGCUAAGGUUAAGCAAUCAACCAAUCUCAAUUGAAGAAAAUAUUGAAGAUGUUGAAAGGAUUGAGAAAGAGUUGUGCAGCACAUCCAGCACUGGAACUGGAAUGCCUACAAUUGUUGUAUUAUCAGUGUAUCAUGUAUGUGUAUCAAUGAUUCAAAUCAAUGUCCCUCAUGAGGCUGGGAAGUUGGAACUGGAACUGGAAAGUGCUCAUGGCUAG